AUUGCACCAGUUCAGCAGUGCAACUAUAAAGAACAGACCAAAUAAUUCUGUCCUUAUUGCGUAACGAUGUAUUUUUUCUGUAAAUUAAAGCGCAAAGAAGUCGGAUUAAAUAAUAAUUAAAUUUGUGUAAAAUUGAGCAUGGAUCAGCGGAGUUCCUUGGAACACUUGACUUUUUAUGUAACUGUAUUUGUCUAAAUCGCGGUAUGAAAUUAUGAGAUUGUGUCUUUGAGAGGUUAUAUCUUUACAUUAUUGUAACAAGCGAAUUUAUCGCGUCUAACUCCGCAAUAGUUUCGAUUACGUUACGUUUUGCGAAACUAACCAGAUGGGUUUACUGACAGAUCCCAGAGCUGGAACCGGCAAAAUCAUAAAGUUGUUAUUAAAAUGGGAAAAGCUGUUGUGCUUCACGUUAUACGUGGGAGGAGUGAUAUGGUUGAUGCUUUUAGCAUUACCGGCGUUCAACGACAAUACUUACUUUUCAGAAAAUGCCUUGCUGCCUGGCUUGGUCACAAAGGAGAGUAAUAUGGAACAUACAUCCAAGCAAUACUACCAUGAACUGAUUCACGAAAUGAAGAGAUAUCCAGAUAGUAUGCCUUAUGCAUGGCUCUUGGCAAAAUUCAGUCAGCUCCAUUUAGAUGUAUUUAUGCAUAAUUUUUCCUUGAUUUAUCCAUUCCAAGAGCAAAAGUUUACAGGACAAAAUAUUUAUGGAAUUGUUAGAGCUCCACGAGCAUCCAGUACAGAAGCUAUAGUAGUCAGUGUUCCAUAUAGACCUAUUAAUAGUAUUUAUCUGGAUACAGCACCUUCGAUAGCAUUAUUACUAGCAUUUGCAAAGUUCUGUAGAAAACAAAAAUAUUGGGCGAAGGAUAUAAUAUUUCUUGUAACAGAACAUGAGCAAUUAGGUAUGCAGGCAUGGUUAGAUGCAUAUCAUGAUGUUACUAGUGGUCAAGAAGGAAUAUUGAUGGCAGGAGAUUUGUCAGGCAGAGCUGGAUCUAUUCAAGCUGCUAUCAACUUGGAAUUCCAUGCGAUGAAAAUUACAUCAAUUGAUGUUAAGAUAGAAGGACUCAAUGGACAACUGCCUAAUUUGGAUCUCUUUAAUUUAGCACAAAAUAUGAUAGCCAAAGAGGGAAUUCGACAGUCGUUCCAACAUCGAUUUGACAUCAAUUACAGGGAUAAAUUCAAAAGUUGGUGGUACUACUUUAAUACAUUAGUAAGUAUGAUAGCAACACAAGCCACUGGAAUCCCAACCGGUAAUCAUGGGCUCUUUCACAGAUUUGGUAUAGAAGCCAUUACAUUAGAAGGUUUCGAGAAAUUUGGACAAGGAUCUGAAGCAAAUUUUUAUCAAGUAGGGCGAGUAGUAGAAAGUAUAGUGCGAUCGCUUAAUAAUCUGUUGGAACGUUUUCAUCAGUCAUAUUUCUUCUAUCUAUUGCCAUCCACUGAUCGAUAUAUUUCGAUCGGAUUAUAUAUGCGGCCUUUAGUGCUAAUAAUCGCCAGUGUGUUCAUAAAAGCAUUUUCCAUUUGGCAAAGAUUGCAGAUUUCGAGUAGUUCCGACGAGACGAAAAAAGAUGAGGAAAGCUCGACAAACAAGAUUGAAGAAUUCGACAUCGGAAGUGUCGCAUCCGAGGUAUUGUGGGCGCACAUAUUCGGAGUGUUAGUAAUGGCUUCCCCUUGUUUCUUCACAUUAAUUGGUUCGCAAGUGCUGAACCUGCAUACCGAAGAUUCGCUGUAUAUUAGUUUCGCCCUCAUCACAACGCUCAUGUUGCUGUUGCGGCUGUAUUUGAGGAGGUCGGUUAGAUAUGAAAAUAUAUCCCUCGUAUGCGUUAUUGCGUCAAUUGAGCUCGCUACUGCGUUGAUGUGUAUAGCAAUGCACAACUUCUCACUAGCUUUGCUGAUAGCUGUUGUCUAUGUACCAGUUGUCUUGCUGAUAACACCUUGUCACGAGUUCACCAAGUCCAGAUUACGUAACUGCCUGUACGUCACGUGGAUUGUGCUACAUCCGUUCGUCGCGUCGGCAAUCGUCGUGCUAGGUUACACGUAUUUUAACUUUACUGAUCCGAUUGUUCCGUUGUUACUCAGAGGCUAUCGUGCCAACAAGCAGGCGCUCGUGUUCAGUAUCGUAGACUCCAUGAUAUACAACAAUUGGUUUUUCAACGUCACCGUUGCCGUGAUGUUGCCGAUUUGGCUAUUGUUUUGGAACGUCAUGCGCUCCAGCGCAGUCGCGUGAUGAUUUUGUAAUAAAACCAUUGCAAAACCCA